AAAUACCUAAUAAUAGGCUAUCAUCACCGCCAUGCCAUAUCCUCCUUCACAGCGGCCGCGGACCCCGGCCCGUUCCCCAUCUGUCUCCCAUUUCCUCCUCCUUCUUUGUCUCACAUCUCUCUCUCAGCACUCAUUCCACUUCAUUUCUCAUACACUCUUCUGUCAAAAAGGAAGAGGGAAGAGUAGUGGUCGCGAGGUGGUGGAUGGCAUCAUGACCCACCUCUACCUUCUCGCUGUCCGGUCCAUCUGCAUUCCAAUGCACGCCAAAAUUUCGACCAAUGUUUCCAACCUCCACAAACGUCGCUCUCUUGCUUCAUCACUUGAACGCCUAACCCAAUACCGCCGCAGCCUCCGGCGACACCAUGGAGCAAACUGCUGUUGCGCUGUGCGUAUCCUCGCCUCAGCAGAGGAUCGACCAUUGGAUAUUUUUGGACGUUCCCAGUGACAUCAUAGUUGAUGUGAAUGGUGCUUGCUUCUCAUUACACAAGUUUCCACUUAUUUCUAGAAGUGGUCGGAUUCGAAAGUUGAUUGCAGAGCACAGGGAUGCUGAUAUCUUGAGAAUAGAUUUGCUUAAUUUGCCAGGUGGUUUUGAUACAUUUGAACUUGUUGCUAAGUUUUGCUAUGAUGUGCAUUUUGAGAUCACACCUGGAAAUAUUGCUCAACUAUUGUGUGCGUCUGAGUACCUUGAGAUGAAUGAUCAAUAUGCUCCUGAAAAUUUGGCUUUACGCUCAGAGUCUUAUCUUGAUGGUGUUAUUUGCAAAAACCUUGAAAUGUGUGUUGAAGUUUUGCAGCAUUGCGAGAACUUACUUCCUCUUGCUGAUGAACUGAAGAUAGUUAGCAGGUGUGUUGAUGCAAUUGCCUCGAAGGCAUGUGCAGAGCAGAUAGCCUCAAGUUUUUCGCGCUUAGAAUACAGUAGUUCUGGUAGGCUACACAUGAACAAGCAUGCAAAGAGCAAUGGAGACUGGUGGAUUGAGGAUCUCUCUGUUCUUCGUGUUGAUUUGUUCCAGAGGGUCAUAGAAGCUAUGAAAUGUCGAGGAGUCCGCCCAGAGAGUAUCGGUUCAUCACUCGUCCGUUUCGCAGAGAAGACUUUCAGAAAGUUACCAAAUAUAUGGAGCAUAAACUUUCAUCCAAGACUUGAGUUAGUUAGUAGUUCUCUUACCAGUCAGAUAAGGAUUGUGGUCGAAAGUAUUGCUACCCUUUUGCCUCUUGAAAAACAUGCUGUUUCCAUUAGCUUUCUUUUCGGACUCUUAAAGUCAGCAAUGAUGCUAGACUGCAUGAUGUCUUGUAGGCUAAAUCUUGAGAGGAGAAUUGGAUACCAGCUGGAGUUGGCAUCCCUUGAUGAUCUAUUGAUACCUUCUUGUCAAAAUGUGGGAGACACAUUAUUUGAUGUUGGCACUAUCCAUAGGAUUCUUGUGAUUUUCUCACAACAGGAAGAUAGUGAUGAUGAGGGGUCAGGUUAUGGUUCUGAUUGCCGCAACUCUCCCUCUCAAACAGCGAUGGUUAAAGUUGCAAGAUUGGUGGACAGUUAUCUUGCUGAGAUUGCUCCAGAUUCAAACCUCAAGCUUGCCAAAUUUAUUGCUAUUGCGGACACCAUACCUGGAUAUGCUCGCACAACAACUGAUGGGCUUUAUCGUGCAAUUGACAUCUAUUUAAAAGCUCAUAAAGAGGCAUCGGAUUUAGAAAGGAAAAGACUCUACAAACUAGUAGAUUUCCAGAAGCUUUCCGACGAAGCCAGUGCUCAUGCUUCUCAGAAUGAACGCCUUCCUCUUCAGGCAAUAGUUCAGAUUCUCUACAUAGAACAGAUGAGACUCCGAAACGCUUUAGAUUCCUCCUACCUUGAUGACAACCAGAAGAUAUCCCAUCCGUCCUGGAGCAUAAGAACUUGCAUGCCCAAUGGAGCCACUUCGCCUCGAGAUAAUUACGCAUCUCUUAGAAGGGAGAAUCGAGAGCUAAAACUUCAGCUUGCGCGGAUGCAUGUACGGCUUAAAGAUCUCGAGAGAGACCAUUCCUGCAUGAAACAAGACCUCGAAAUUUCAAGCAAGCUUAAAAUUUUGAGUUCUAUUUCAAGGAAGAUUGGAAACCUUGGACUAUUCGGACGCAAACCUUUCAGAGGAGCGAGUUCAUUAUCAAAAUAUUCUCAGAAAUCAGACAGCAGCCUCACUGGAAGGACAUGUGCUUGAUUUAAUCAUUCCUCUUCUAUCUACAUAUGAUUUUGAUUGUCCCUGGGAGAGGAAGAAGAGGACGAUCUACAAUCUCAUAGGAAUUUGGUUAUGAGGCACGACACGACAUCACUGAUGAGAGGCUAACAUUGCUUGAUGAUGAAGUUAGCUAGCUUUGACUGCAUUCACCAAGGAUAUGGAGGCCCACUUCUUUGCUGAGCUACUUCAGAAGGAGUCAAGAAUAAAAUCAUGGAUCGAGGAGAGGGUGGAGGCCAAAG